UCAGGAAGGCCAGUCAUUUCCUGAGGAGAUAACAGGCUGGCCCAGGCAUUGUUCCCAGUUUCCAGCAAUGGCUGCCAUUACCUGACCAGUGCCACAGCCAGUCUCUCUGCGGCGCCGGGAGAAGUCACCAGCGUGGUCUCUCUGCUUUUCACAGAGCAGGUCUCUCAUCUGUGGCGUGUGGGGAGUGUCUUCUGCCCCAGGGGCAUGGCCCGAAGGCGGCACUAACUGUGUGAAGUCCUUGCUCUCAGGAUACAGCCGGGGUGGGCCCAAGAGGGCAAGAUGUGGCUCGGCGUCCUGCUGACAUUUCUGCUCUGUUCAAGUCUUGAGGGUCAAGAAAACUCUUUCACCAUCAACAGCAUCCACAUGGAGAUCCUGCCGAGCCGGGAGGUGCAAAACGGGGAGAACCUGACCCUGCAGUGCAUCGUGGAUGUCAGCACCACCUCGCAAGUCAAGCCUCAGCACUGGGUGCUGUUCUAUAAGGAUGAUGUGCUAUUUCACAACAUCUCCUCCAGGGAGAACACAGAGAGUUAUUUUAUUCCCCAAGCCCGGGUCUAUGACGCAGGGAUCUACAAAUGCACUGUGAUUCUGAACAACAAGCAGAAAACCACUUCGGAGUACCACGUGUUGGUAAAAGGAGUGCCGAGUCCCAGAGUCAUGCUUGACAAGAAGGAGGCAAUAGAAGGCGGGAUCGUGACGGUCAAUUGUUCUGUCCCGGAGGAAAGGCCCCCAAUACAUUUCACCAUUGAAAAACACGAACUAAAUACAAAGGGUGUCAGGCAAAAAAAAGAAAAAACUUCUCAGAACCAGAAUUUUGUGACGCUAAAAUUCACAAUUGAGGAACAAGACCGUGUUAUAUCAUUCCAUUGUCAAGCAAGCAUCGUUUCUGGGACCAAUGUGGAGACCUCUGAAUCCAGCAAGAGUGAACUGGUCACUGUGACAGAGUCCUUCUCUAUUCCCAAAUUUCACGUCAGCCCCGAGGGAACGAUCACUGAAGGAGCUCAGCUCAGCAUUAGGUGCACCAUUCAAGUGAGGGACUUGGACCAGGUGCAUCCGGAAAUCAUAAUCCAGAAGGACAAAGCAAUUGUGGCACACAGUAAAAGCAGCACAGAGGCCAUCUACUCAGUGAUGGCCAUGGUGGAACACAAUGGCAACUACACGUGCAAAGUGGAGUCCAGCCAGAUAUCCAAGGUCAGCAGCAUCAUGGUCAACAUCACAGAGCUAUUUUCCAAGCCAAAGCUGGAAUCUUCCCCCACACCUCUGGACAAGGGUGCAAGUCUGGAUUUGUGGUGUUCCAUCCCAGGAGCGCCUCCAGCCAACUUCACCAUCCAGAAGGGAAACAUGGUUGUGUCUCAGUCGCAAAAUUUCACCACAGUAGCCUCAGAGCGGGACAGCGGGACGUAUACCUGCAUCGCAGCCAUCGGCAAGGUGGUCAAGCAAAGCAAGCCGGUCCGGAUAGCCGUGUGUGAAAUGCUCUCCAAGCCCGAGAUUUUUUGUGACUCCAAGUCUGAGGUGAUAAAGGGACAGACCAUAGAAGUCAGUUGCCAAUCCAGACGCGGAACCUCGCCUAUUUCUUAUCAUCUUUUAAAAGCAAGUAACAUUCUGAAGAGUCGUAACAUGAGCUCAAAUGAGCCCACAGUAUUCAAAGAUAACCCAACAAAAGACGUAGAAUACCAGUGCAUCGCAGAUAAUUGCCAUUCCCAUGCCGAAAUGGUCAGUGACGUUCUGCGGGUCAAGGUGAUAGCCCCGGUAGAGGAGGUCAAGCUCUCUGUCCUGUUGAGUGACGUGGUGGAGACUGGGAAGGACAUUGUGCUUCAAUGCUCCGUGAACAACGCAUCUGGUCCAAUCACCUACAGGUUUUACAGAGAAAAGGAGAGCAACCCCGUCUAUGAAAGUGUGUCAAAUGACACCCGCGCCAUUUGGCACGAGUCUGAAGCUAGCAAAGGGCAGGAGGGACGGUAUUAUUGCUUGGCAUCCAACAGAGCCAACCUUGCCAAAAACGCCCCCCAAAGCAACGCAGUGACGGUCAGAGUCUUUCUUGCCGCAUGGAAGAAAGGACUUAUUGCAGUGAUUAUCAUCGGAGUGAUAAUUGCCACCUUGAUACUUGGAGCCAGAUGCUAUUUUCUGAAGAAAGCCAAGGCCAAGCAGAUGUCAGUGGAGAUGUCCAGGCCGGCAGCACCACUUCUGAACUCCAACAAUGAGAAGAUGUUGUCAGAUCCCAAUACUGAAGCCAACAGACAUUAUGGUUAUAAUGAAGAUGUUGGAAACCAUGCAAUGAAACCAAUAAAUGAAAAUAAAGAGCCUCUGACCUUGGAUGUGGAGUACACAGAAGUGGAAGUGACCCCAUCUGAGCCUCACCAAGGUCUGGGAACAAAGGGCACGGAGACAGUGUACAGUGAAAUCCGGAAAGCUGACCCUGAUUUCGUGGAAAACAGAUAUUCUAGGUAGAGCUGGAACAAGAAGCCAGGUCUCUCUUAACUUCACUUUUACUGGGGAGAACCGAAGGCUCCCUUGAUGGAACUUAGGACUGCAAGAGUCCUGGGAGGACAUCCACAUUCCAAGAAGAGCAGACGAUUCCUGUAUUCCAAGAGCUCUGUGCACUUAUUUAUGAACCUGCUCUGCUCCCACUGCACAUAGCAAUUCCUCAGACCAAGUCACCAGUUCUUAAAUCCAUCUUACUACAUUUAUGUUGCAUAUAAAGAGAUGCAUAGAGGCUGGCUAAUUUCCAACAUGGCCCACCUCCCACCAAGUUGGAGCAUCCUCGAGAGUGGAGAGCUGCAGAAGGAGGUUCAGAGUAAACAGGCCAUUGGGAUAUUUCGAAACUUGAAUAUUUUGUCUUGUACAGAGAUAAAGAACUUUUCCAAGUACCCUCAUACACAGAAACCUGUUUUUGUUUUGUAGUCACUCACUUCUAGCGAAUGGCCUGGCUUAGGGCCUAGUUUUUCUCUUUGCCUUUGGUCCUUCCAAGGCCUGUGGCUCUGGGUAGUCCUUGUUCCUUGGAAGGGCACAGCAUGACCAGAGAGCGGCACCCUGUCCCCUCUAUGACCUCACCCACCACAAAUGGGAAAACAAAGCUGCUUGGGAGCGACCCCUUUGGAUGCCAACUUGAAGACAAGGUUCAUUCCAGGCAAUGCACAAAAUAGAAAAUGAAGUUGGACAAAGCACAGAUGUUCUUAAGCUGUUUUUCUAUACCCUUUCUUUCUUUUUCCUCUACCUUGCUGAAGGCUGAAAGACAGGAAGAUGAUGGCCUACAGCAAAUAUUGUUUUUAAUAGAAAAAUGAAAUGCAUAUUUUUCUUACUAAUUUUCUUUUUAUUUAUUCCUUCCUAAGGAAAUGGUCUCCUGAGGUCUUAAGAUGUUUCUGAUGGUGUCUUGAGUGGGUGGACGAGGGGCUGUGGCCAUUUUGUGGUGGAAUUUCACUAGUGAGCACACCUAACCGAAACCACUUCCCCCAUCCACCUCAGAGUCAUGGCUGCAGGGACACUGUGGGGUGUUAUAUUAAAUAAAUUUGAUCUUUACUCUUCA